AUGCAGUCCAGAAUCAACUCCUCUAGCAGACCAGCCAUCUCUUUCCUUGGGCCCAUUUCUUCUUAUACUCAUCAGGUACUUGAUCUUCGUUUAAUUCAGUGUCCAGCGCCCUUCAAUUGUCGACAUUAUGAGCAACAUGCAAUUCCAAUAGGACUAACAGAUGACUGUCACCCCCAGGCCGCUCUUGGACGCUUCGAUAAAGAGAAGUACGAGUACCAACCAGCCAUUGGAAUACCAGAUGUUUUCGAGGCUGUUCAAUCGGGCAAAGCAGAGUUAGGUGUUGUACCUUUUGAAAAUUCCACAAAUGGAGCUGUGAUCUUUACCCUAGAACUCCUCGCAGAUCGCCAUUCCUUAUACAAAGAUGUCACAAUAUGCGGUGAAGCCUAUCUUGAUGUUAGUCACUGCCUGUUAGGUUAUGUUUCGACGGCAGAUUCUCCAGUAAUGUCUGGCACUUGUACUCCUACUACAUCCACUCCUUCUCCUGUCAAGCCAAAGACAACGCCGCUAUCUAGUCUCAAUCACAUUCAACGUAUUUACACCCACCCACAAGCAUACGGUCAAUGCGAGGCAUUUCUAGGAACAUACUUGAAGGGGGUUGAGAGACUGGAUGUCAGUUCCACAAGCAAGGCAGCCGAAAUCGUUCAAGCAGAUAAGACUGGUACAAGUGCAGCCAUUGCUAGUUCGCUCGCAGCAGAUAUCCACAAACUGGAUAUUCUGGCAAAAGGAAUUGAGGAUCGUGAUGAUAAUACUACCAGAUUCCUCAUUUUGCGCAAAGGUGUAGAUACAUCUGCGACAAAGGUUGAUGUUGCCGCCAAGUCGAUGGUUACUUUCACUAUUGAUCAUAGGACACCGGGUGCACUCGCAGAUGUACUGGAUUGCUUCAGGAGAUACCAAGUCAAUUUGACAAGUAUUAACAGUCGCCCAACGAAAAUAGUUCCUUUCCAAUACAUUUUCUUCGUUGAGUUUGAGGGAAAUAUUUUCUGCAUAAAACCUGGCAUGAGGUUCUCCAAUUUCUUUUAUUCUCGAUCAUAUGGUCUUCGUACCAUCCAUCGCUCCUUGGUAUCACCCGCGCAUGCUCGAAAAUCUUCUACACAGUCAAUUCUCCACAAGGAACUCACAUCACGCAAGCCCAACAUUAUAUAUGAUUAUUUGUCGCCAACUCCUUCUCAUCUUUUAAAUAUAUCUCUGGCGGACUUCCUUCCACCUACAUGCUACCCUGCUAAUUUCAAAGCCCAAGACCUCACCCUUCCGUACACUACUGCACUCGGACAUGAGCGUAGUGAUACAGCACUUCUCCCCCAGUCGCAUCAUCUAGUCUAUUUCUCUCCGCAAAUUCCUCACAGUGCUCUACUCCCCGAUGGCACAGAUCCUCUGCAGUCCCCAGGGCCGCCAUUUGUGCGCCGCAUGUGGGCUGGUGGGUCUCUGGUUUUCAAUACUACGAGUGGAGAGCAACUCCGUCUUGGUAACAUGCGAGCAGCUUGUAUAGAACGAAUCGUGGAUGUUUCGGUCAAAGGGCGUGAAGGUGACGAGAAAGUGUUUGUAAACAUUGAGAGACGGGUUGGCCUCGCUGAUACUGGAGAGGAACUGCGGAUGAAACCAGAUGCAAAGAGCAGCGCAAUCGCUUCGGGAAAGUGCUCUGUAAGUGAUCGAAAUUACAUGGCCGAUCAACAAUUACUACAACGUCACCAUGUCGAUAAUAACGACAGCAUCGGACAAGCAUCCUUAGUGGAGACGCGGAAUAUCGUCUUCAUGCGGGAGAAAGACACAACUACUGCCAGAGAGGAUUGCGCUAGGCUUCCAAAGAUCUUGAGGCCCACGCGUAAACCAGACUUUGAUGUGCGAAUGACACCUACACAAUCCCUUUUAUUUAGAUUUUCGGCCCUUACAUUUAAUGCUCACGCGAUACACCUGGAUCCCCAAUACUGCCGGGAGUCUGAAGGAUAUAGGAACCUACUCCUUCACGGACCCCUUUCAUUGGUGCUCAUGUUCUCCGUCUUGCGAUCACAACUUCAGCCUGGUGAGAUGAUAAAAAAGUUCAAUUACAGAAACCUGGCUCCACUUUACGCAAAUGAAGAACUAAGAGUCUGUGUGGGGAAGAAUGCCGACAAAAGCAACAAAUACGAAGUGUGGAUUGAAGGAAAGGAAGGCGGAUAUGCUGUCAAGGGGUCUGCGGUUGUUGGACCCCUUGACACUGGUGAUAGCUAG